AUGGCUGAUACAGGUCUCCCCACUGGCUGGGAAGUUCGUCAUUCCAACUCUAAGAACCUCCCUUAUUACUUCAACCCUUCCACAAAGGAAUCUCGCUGGGAGCCACCUGCGGAAACAGAUACCGAGAAGCUCAAGGUCUACAUGGCGCAAAACCACACCCCCGCUGCUCGCCCUGAGGCUUCUGGCGAAGGAGAAGGCAAGAUUCGCUGCAGCCACUUGCUAGUCAAACACCGUGACAGCCGUCGUCCCAGUAGCUGGAGGGAAGCAGAUAUUACUCGGACAAAGGAGGAGGCAAUUGAGAUUCUUAAAGGUCAUGAACAGCGCAUUCAAUCUGGAGAGACCACCCUUGGUGAUCUCGCAGUUUCCGAGUCCGACUGCAGCAGUGCCCGGAAGAAGGGAGAUUUGGGCUUCUUCGGUCGUGGAGAGAUGCAGAAGGAGUUCGAAACUGCCGCCUUUGCCCUACAGCCCGGCCAAGUGAGCAGCAUCGUGGAGACAGCAUCCGGGGUUCACCUCAUUGAACGCGUCCAAUAA